CUGCUCUGCCUUUCGAGCUAGGGCCAGUGAACCAGACCAAGGGAUCCAAGGACAGGGGAGGUACCAGCGCGAGUCACAGGAGGGACUUGGCGACGCGGGCGCAUCACGGCAACGGCGUCCUCCCCAACGCCGCUUCCACCGACGUCCUCGAUCCCCGCCAUCGUCCCAACCUCCUCGCGCCCGCCGUCCCCCCACUGCCACGACGUCAUCCUCGUCGCCGCAAGGACGCUAUUGAGGACCCGUCCUGCCUCCGUGCGCCAGCUUUCUCAAAGAUCCGAGUAAAGCACUACAUUUCCCAAAUGAAGCACAUAUUCAAGAUUGUUGCAAUGCUGGUAGCAAUCUCAGCCAUCUGGAUUGCUCUCCUUGAAACCUCUACUGUUCCUCGAAGUUAUACUUGGUUGCUUCCGAUCUACUUGGUAGUGGCUCUUGGAUGCUACGGCCUUUUUAUGGUUGGAUUUGGACUUAUGUUCUUCCCAACUUGUCCUCAAGAAGCUGUACUACUACAACAGGAUAUUGUGGAGGCAAAGGAGUUCUUAGCAAAGAAGGGUGUUGAUGUGGUUUCUGAGUGAGGUCAAUUUCAAUGAUCAAUAUUCAUGACCGCUUUGAAGGAUCACCUUUCUGUUCCUUGGAAUAGGUUACUUUUUGGAUAGUGUAGCUAGCAUUCACUGCGUCGAAAACUAUUACUGACACAGUUUUGGUGAGUUGACAUGUUACAAAAUUCUGCUUUUGUCAAAGAUUGGAGAUAAGUUGACAUGUCAGUGUUUUAACAAGUGCAUUGCUUUUCUGGGGAUAUUUGCUUCCUAUAUCGAUUUCCCAUC